AUUGUGCCUGGGAAGCGGCGGCUGCUGGUGCGGGAAGUUGGGGGGCACCGGGUUCCCCCCGCGGCUUUGCGGGAGUUGAUGAUUCCCGCCUCAUCCCGGCAGGGAUUUUCCGCUGGUUUCUGCUGAUUUUGGAAGGGUUUUGCUUCGCUGAGGGAGCCAGGCAGGAGAGAGCUCUCCUCAUCCUCAUCCUCAUCCUCCUUCCCAGACUUUGUGCAGGAACACCUCCGCCGGGGAAAUAAGGAGCAGAAGGGAACGUAAUCCUGCCAGAAGCCUCUCCCCUGUUUAUUUUCCUCUUCCCACAUCCAUGCUGGCAACUUGGGGGAAUAAUUUAACAUAAAGAUGAGCAGGGAGAGCAGAGGCAGUUGCAGAACGGCGUGAAGGUAACCUUGAGCCGAGCCCUAUAAACCCCGGCCUCCGUCAAGGCAGGAUUAAAGAAACUUUCCUGGCAAUCCAGAGCUGGGAAUCCCAGCCUGGCCCUGGGAAUUACAGCCCCGGGGUGCCCCCACCCAGCCUGGCCCGGGCCCACUGCACCUUCUCAUCUGGUGGAGAUUUCUUGCUCUGGGAGUGAGCUGAAAGGGGUUUCCUUACACAAAGCGUCCCAGGCAGCAUUCCAGGCUCCAGGUGCCUCCAGGCACCUUCCAUUCUUUGUCUGAAAGGGCAGCGGUGCCGUUCCCAUCCCAGCGAUGCCUGACGGGGCCGGUGCCGCCGGGAGCGAGGAGCUGCGGCAGCUGAUCGGCUUUCAAAUCACCUUCAAACCUCGAUUUCCUUAACAUGAUCCCUCCAUCAGCGCAGUCCCCGGGGCACAGCCGGGGGACUUUGCCGGCAGGAGAAUAAACCGGGGCUGGAGGUGACAGCCAGCGCUGGAACACCCCGGCCACGAGGCGGGGACUCCAAAUCCACCUUCCCCUGCACUCCAAGACUUUUUAGGGUCGAGUAACAGCUUUGCACGACCUCGCCCUGCAGCUCUCACCCCAUUUGCUCGCCGGGAUUCACCUCGCCUGGAUAAUCCCCUCCUCGGAGCAUCCCUGGAGCCGCAGAGCAGCUUCCCCGCGGCGCCGGCUGCCGGGGAAGGCAUGAAGACGCUAUGGCCAAGCUCUUGCUAAAACUCCAGCGGUAUUUUCGGCGCAAACCCGUGCGUUUCUUCACUCUGCUGGCUCUGUACCUAGCGGCAGGCAGCUUGGUUUUCCUGCAUUCCGGCUUCUCCGGGGAGCCCAGGGUGCCGGGGAGCCCGCGGAGCCCCGCGGCCGCCGAGGGGCCGGGGCUGCCCUACCUGGGGGUGAUGCAGCUCAGCCGCGGCUUCAAGGCGGCAGCGACGAUGCCGGCGAGGGGCCGACGACACGGCCCCUGGUUCAAAAGCACCUCCAAGGAGCCGUCGGACAGGGGGAAAUCCCGGGAGAACGGCGGACCCCGGAGCCGGGCGCUCAGGGGCAGGAGCGGCCGCGAGAAGGAGGAGGACAGAGCCCGGUACAUCGGCUGCUACGAGGACAACACCCGGCAGAGGACCCUGCGCGGGAUGUCCUUCUUCGACUACAAGAAGAUGACGGUGUUCCGCUGCCAGGACAACUGCGCCGAGCGGGGGUACCUGUACGCGGGGCUGGAAUUCGGGGCCGAGUGCUACUGCGGGCACAAGAUCCAGGCGUCCAACGCCAGCGAGUCCGAGUGCAACAUGGAAUGCAAGGGAGAGCGGAGCAACACCUGCGGCGGGAUCAACCGGCUCUCCAUCUACCGCCUGGAGCUGGCCCAGGAAUCCGCCCGCAGGUAUGGAAGCGCGAUAUUCCGGGGCUGCUUCCGUCGGCCGGAAAACGUCUCCAUCGCCCUGCCUGCCAGCCAGCUCAUGCUCAACAUGUCCGUGGAUAAAUGUGUGGAUUUCUGCACAGAAAAGGAAUUCCCGCUGGCAGCGCUGGCGGGCACCACGUGCCGCUGCGGCUUUCCCAGCACGCUGUUCCCGCUGCACGAGCGCGAGGACGAGCAGCUCUGCGCGCACAAAUGCGCCGCCGAGGAGUUCGAGAGCUGCGGCUCUGCCGAGUUCCUGCUGGUCUACCAGACACAAGUGCAGGACAACCGCUGCAUGGACAGGAGGUUCCUGCCCAGCCGUGCCAAGCAGUUGGUGGCCCUGGCCAGCUUUCCUGGAGCCGGGAACACCUGGGCCCGGCACCUGAUCGAGUUGGCCACCGGCUUCUACACCGGCAGCUACUACUUUGAUGGCUCCCUCUACAACAAAGGAUUCAAGGGCGAGCGGGACCACUGGAGGAGUGGGAGGACCAUUUGCAUCAAGACCCACGAGAGUGGGCAGAAGGAGAUCGAGUCCUUCGACUCGGCCAUCCUGCUCAUCCGCAACCCCUACAAGGCGCUGAUGGCCGAGUUCAACCGCAAGUACGGGGGACACAUCGGCUUCGCCGCCCACGCCCACUGGAAGGGCAAAGAGUGGCCAGAGUUUGUGGCCAACUACGCUCCGUGGUGGGCGACCCACACGCUGGACUGGCUGCGCUACGGCAAGAAGGUGCUGGUGGUGCACUUCGAGGACCUCAAACGCGACCUGUUCGCGCAGCUGCAGAGGAUGGUGGCCCUGCUGGGCGUCACGGCCUGCGAGGACAGGCUGCUGUGCGUGGAGGGACAGAAGGACGGCAACUUCAAGCGCUCGGGGCUGAGGAAGCUGGAGUACGACCCCUACACGGCCGAGAUGAGGAAGGUGAUCAGCGGCUACAUCCGAACCGUGGACGCGGCCCUGAAGCUCCGCAACCUCUCGGGGGUCCCUGAGGAUUAUUACCCCAGAUGAUGGUGACCGCAGCGGGGGGAUUGUGGCCGAGGGUGGCUCGGUCCUCCCAGAUUCUGCUUAAUUCCACCCAGUGGGUGGCUCCUCUUUUAACCCUCCAUGUGCUGCUGUAGCUGUUGGUCACUCCCUGCAUGAGCCACCACAGGUCCCCAGCCGCCGCUGAGCUUUUUGAUGGCCAACCUGGGGACAAGGGUGCCUUCCCUGCUCCCCCGGGGUCCCUGCUCCUGUUCUGGCUGCCCCAGCCUUCCUGGGAAGUGCAGUGGGAUGUCUGUGUCCCCUCAGGCUCUCCUGGGGACAUCGAGCUGCUCAGGCCGUGCCUGAUGUACAUGGAGCUGAGCUCCCUGGGGUGGGUGUCCCCAAAAUCCCAGCCCUGCAAGGAUUCCACUUGUGCUUGAUGGAAUCUUCAGCCUUCCCAAGGGAGGAUGGACCACGGGCGUGGCACUGUGUGGGCGAUGCCCCCGUGGAUCCUGCCUGAGGUUAUGGGAUGGCAAGGCCGUGCUGUGCAAUGUCCCCAAACCUGGUGGCUGUGGCCCCUUGAGCCAUCCUGUGGCUCCCUGAGAAUUCUCUGGAAUUCCCCAUCCACAGCACCAGGAAAAAUUGCUGCUCCAGCCUCUGGGGGGGCCCAUGACCCCCACCAGUGUGGCUACAGUGGAAGCUCCUCUUCCCUGUGGAUGCAGCUCCAGAGGGGGACAUUUUCCCUGGACAGAGGAUCUGCUGGGACCCACGAGCUCAUCCAGGCCUCGUUUCAGAGCCCAUGAGCCAGAACAUCCCCUCAGGAGCAUUUUUGGGGGGCCAGGAGCAGGGUCCACACUGCAACCCAACCCCCGUGGGGAGCACACCCUGGGGCUGAGCUUUGGGGUGCCCCAAAGCCAAACCAAAGGAUCCCACACACCGGGAAUGUGCCGAUUUCCGGGCUGGCUUUGUGCACAGCUGCAUGUGGUCCCUGGCUGUCCCCUCAUCCCAUGCCACCCUCCCCAUCCUGGCUUUGUCCCAAACGAGCUCCCCAAGGCUCCCAACCCGCAAAACCCCUUGGAUGUAGGUGCAAAAGCCAUAUAUUGUACGCAGCCUUUUCUAGAGUUAGAGAUUCACCAGUUGGCUUUUAAUUCUUGAUCCUGACAGAAAUGCAGGCACAGGUCAAAUCCAGAGACCACACUUGGUCUCUAUUCCAAGAGAGAAGAAAACUCCCUGGAGAAAAAAAGGAGAAUUUCAAUAAAAAUCUAUUUUUCUAA